AUCGCCACAAUAUAUGCAAGUCAAUAAAUUAAUCUCAAACAAAGUCGACUCUUCUCAGGUAUCAGCAGUCUUAAUAUGAGUGCAACAGCUGCACGUUUAAUCAAGCCUGUACUUUAUGGAUAUUACAGAAGUUCUUGCUCUUGGAGAGUCCGGAUUGCAUUUGCAUUGAAAGGCAUUGAAUAUGAGCAAAAGUCGAUAAAUCUCAUCAAGGAUGGAGGGCAACAGCUCACGGAGCAGUUUAAGGCAAUAAACCCAAUGCAGCAAGUGCCAGCAGUGUCCCUCGACGGCAUCACCUUGUCUCAGUCUCUGGCCAUCAUCCAGUACAUUGAGGAAACCCGUCCAGAGCCCCGCCUCCUGCCUGCAGACCCCAUGCAGAGAGCUCAUGUCCGCAUCAUAUGUGACAUCAUCGCCUCUGGGAUCCAGCCUCUCCAAAAUCUGUAUGUGCUUCAGAAAAUCGGAGAAGAUAAGGUUCAGUGGGCUCAACAUUUCAUCAACCGAGGAUUUCAGGCCCUGGAGCCUAUCCUGAAAGAGACGGCAGGAAAAUACUGUGUGGGUGAUGAGGGAUGGAACCACGAGGCGACGUUCAUUCACAGAACGCAAGUUUCUGAAGGGCACAUAAAUCUGCAGAAGUGAGAGCAGAUAAGAAGGAGCAAAGCCAGAGGUCACUUUGUAAGCAAACAUCAGAGCUUUGAAUUUGAUGCGAGCAGCAACUGGCAGCCAGUGCAAACGGGUGAGUAGCGGAGUGACGUGCUCUUUUGGGUUCAUCAAAGACCACUCGUGUUGCUGCGUUCUGAAGCAGCUGAAGUAAAGAGCAGGAUCCCAGAGUAAGACAAGUCCCAUCUGAGGACAAUGAGAUAGACUGCAGUGACAGUGAGGAGAACAAGGUUUGAGCAGAAGUGUGAAAAAGUUCACAGAGGUGCUUCAGAGGUUCAAAAAGUAGCACUGACUAUCAUUUAUAAGCGAUCAGUUUACAUAGCAGGCAGCACACAAAAUAGGGGUCAAAUAUAUAGACCAGUAACAUACCAUUAUAUACAGUGCUCAGCAUAUAUGAGGAGUGCACCCCUCACAAAUCUCUCAUUUAUAUUAAUAUUAGAUCUAGGCCUAAUCUAACAAAAUAAUUUAUGAUAAUGGUCCAAAA